CGUCAUUGGGCUGUUAAGAAACUACACACGCAAUAAAAGCCAAAGUUGAAUGAUCAGCGUGGCAGUGGAACUGCAGAAUAAAAGCUGUACUUGCCUCCCUAGAGAGAAAUGAUAGUCCCUCUGUCACUGUGGAGAAGCAGUCUUGGGACGAUCAUGAAACUCCUACUGUGUAUCACUCUGCUGCUGCUCGCCGCUCAGCUGUCGGAAUCCGUUUGCACUCUUCAUCAACGAAUACCACUGAACGGAACAUUGGAACAGAACAGCUGCAUUGACCCAUACGACGGGGCGUUGCACCCAGUGGGAGAGACAUGGAUAGACCCCGUUUGCAUGAGAUGCAGCUGCAAUAUUGAUGCUACCAGCUGCUGUUCGACGUAUCCCACACCCAGAGGCUACUCAGAAGAUUGUGCUGCAUUGUUCAAUCCCCGAGAGUGUCGGUAUCGAGUCUACCGGAAGGACAACCCGGCUAUUGAAUGUGAAGUCUACUCUUCUGUAUUAUGAGCAGGAGGGCACAGUCAGCUCCCUUCCAAUCGAGAUAAUAACAUCAAUUUGAUAAAGGAGACUUACCUCUUACAUAUAAUCUCUGCUUCAUGUUAAAUAUAUUCAUCCAUUACUUUCCAAUCAA